AUGGCAAAAACUGGAGUUCAUUUGGAUCAGGACAGAUUCAGCUGUCCAGUCUGUCUGGAUCUACUGAAGGAUCCAGUGACUAUUCGCUGUGGACACAGUUACUGUAUGGACUGUAUUAAGGGCUGUUGGGAUCAGGAGGAUCAAGUUGGUGUCUACAGCUGUCCUCAGUGCAGACAGACCUUCACGUCAAGACCUGUUCUGGGUACAAACACCAUGCUGGCUCAAGCGGUGAAGGAACUGAAGAAGACAGAACUCCAAACUGCUCCUCCUGAACACUGUUUUGCUGGACCUGGAGAUGUGGUGUGUGAUGCAUGUCCUCGGAGAAAACGCAAAGCCAUCAAGUCCUGUCUGGUGUGUCUGGUUUCUUACUGUGAAACUCACCUCCAGCCUCACUAUGAUUCUCCAGCUUUUAAAAAACACAAACUGACUGGUGCUGCUAGAAACCUUCAGGAAAAGGUUUGUUCCCACCAUGACAAACUGCUGGAGGUCUACUGUCGUACUGAUCAGCAGUGUAUCUGUUAUCAGUGUGCGACGGAUGAACACAGCGGACAUGAUAGAGUCUCAGCUGCUGAAGGAAGGACUGAGAAGCAGGAACACCUAGAGGUGACACAAAAUGAAUUCAACCAGAGGCUACAAGAAAGAGAGAAGAAGGUGCAGGAGCUGAGAGAGGCUGUGGACUCACUCACACGCUCUGCACAGGCAGCACUGGAGGACACUGACAGCAUCUUCACCCAGAUGAUCCGCUCCCUUGAGAAAAGGCGCUCUGAGCUCAAAGAUGUGAUCAGAGCUCAGGAAAAGGCUGCACUGAGUCAGGCUGAAGGUCUUCUGGAGCAACUGGAGCAGGAGAUUGCUGAGUUGAAAAGGCAAAAUGCUGAGCUGGAGCAGCUUUCACACACAGAGGAUCACAUCCAUUUCCUACAGAGUUUCCAGUCUCUCUGUGUCCCUCCUGGACCUGUACACUUACCCACCAUCACUGUGAACCCACACUGCUCUUUUGGAGAUGUAAAGAAAGCGCUUUCUGAACUCAAAGUCCAACUAGAGGAAGCCUGUAAGAAUACAUUCACAGAGAUCCCCCAAACAGUGAGAAAAGUCCAAGUGAUUCCAGAACCCAGAAUGAGAGAAGAGUUUUUAUACUAUGCCUGUCAGCUCACACUGGACACAAAUACAGCAAAUAAAAACCUCCGUCUGUCUGAGAGGAACACAGUGGUGACCCAUGAGGAACAUCUACAGUCAUAUCCUGAUCAUCCAGAGAGAUUUUACUACUGUUCCCAAGUUCUAUGUACAGAGGGUCUGUCUGGGCGCUGUUACUGGGAGCUUCACUGGAGUGGGAGUAAGGUUUGUAUAGCAGUGUCAUAUAAAGGGAUCAACAGGAAAGGAGAAACUGAUAACUCUGUCUUUGGAUACAAUAAUAAGUCCUGGAGUUUGUUCUGCUCUCCCUCCAGUUACAGUUUCUAUCACAAUAAAACGAAGGCUCCAGUAUCUGGUCCCACUUCCUCCAGAAUAGGAGUUUACCUGGAUCACAGGGCAGGAACUCUGUCCUUCUACAGUGUCUCUAGGGACACAGUGACCCUCCUCCACAGAGUCCAGACCACAUUCACUGAACCCCUCUAUCCUGGGUUUAGGGUUGAUUGUAAAUCUAAAAUUAGGCUGUGUUAACUAAGAUAAAUGAAAAAACAGGAGCUGAACUCAAACUGAAGGAGGAAUCCUGUGUGUUUCUGUAUCGUUCUCUUCAAACAUUCUGCUUAUGUUUCUGGUCUGUUUUAACAAUAGCCCCUUUCUUUAGACAUUAUUAUUGACGUUAUUAGAGAGCUGUUUGAAAGUGAUGUCCUUAUUAUUUUUAGGUACAGGCAACAGAGUGACGCAGUGGGUAAUGCUGCCACCUCACCAUUCCUGUGCUGUUGCUGUGUAGGUUCAAAUUUAGUUCAGAAUGUGUAGUUUGCAUGUUCUUGUGUCUUCACGGGUUUCCUUUGAGUGCUCUGGUUUCCUCUCAUGGUACAAAGGCAUGCUAUUCAUGAAAUCUGGAUCACUAAAUGUCCUGCAAUGUGGGUGUCUGUGUGUUUGAGAACCCUGUGAUGGACAGGCGUCCAAUCCAAGGUAUACCCCUGUAAGCCUCGUGCCCAGUGCUGCCAGGAUGAACUCCAGACCACUGUGACCCUGUUCGUGACAAGUGGUUUCUAAAAAUGAAUGAAUGAAUGAAUCUUUCAGUAAACACAUAGACACACAGAAACGCUCAGAAGUAGACACUUUACAUGUGUAAACACACAGUACAGAACAGCCUCAAAUGCCCUGAAAAACACCCGUCUGUUCUGUAAUGCACGUCUUCACCUCAUCCUCUUCAAACAGGUAAACCUGGGAAGACCACACAAACAGUGCAGAUACAGUUUUUUUCUUUACACACUGCUUUUUAUUGAUAAUUUUCUUGUUAUAUUUACAUUUCUCCAAAGCGAUGCUUGUUGAAAACUGUGAGCUUUGUUGAACUUUUCAUCCAGUGUAACUUAUGAUGCCAAAUACUCUAACAGGGAAACUCUCAUUUAUACCUCAGAGCUGCAUAAUCAAUUUCUCUCUCUUCCUCACACACACACACACUAAAGGCAAUUUAGAGUCCCCAAU